AAACCAGACAACGAUGCCUAUAAAGGGAGACAGAAGUACCCAGUCCCAAAACCAUCAACGCCAUGAAGCUUCUAACAGGGCUCUGCUUCCUCGGCUUCUUCAUUUCUCUCUCACCCUCCAUGGUGGCCCCGGCCAUACUAUUUCAGGGGUUCAAUUGGGAAUCAAGCAGUAAAGGUGGAUGGUACAACAUACUGAAGGGCUCUGUUCCUGAUCUCGCUAAUGCCGGAAUCACUCAUGUCUGGCUUCCUCCCGCUUCUCAAUCUGCUGCUGACCAGGGAUACUUGCCUGGAAGGCUAUAUGAUCUGGAUGCCUCAAAAUAUGGUUCAAAGGAUGAACUGAAAUCACUGAUUGCCGCUCUCCAUGAGAAGGGAAUUAAAGCUGUUGCUGACAUAGUGAUAAACCACAGAACUGCUGAGAAGAAAGAUGGGAGAGGAAUUUGGAGCAUCUUUGAAGGUGGAACUUCGGAUGGAAAACUCGACUGGGGGCCCUCCUUCAUUUGCAGGGAUGACACUACCUACUCUGAUGGCACUGGGAAUCUUGACAGCGGAGAGGCCUAUGAACCUGCGCCUGACAUUGAUCAUCUUAAUCUACAGGUACAAAAAGAGUUGUCUGAAUGGAUGAAUUGGCUGAAGACUGAGAUUGGAUUUGAUGGGUGGCGAUUUGAUUUUGUGAAGGGGUACGCCCCAAGUAUUACAAAAAUUUAUAUGGAACAAACUAAGCCAGAUUUUGCAGUUGGGGAGAAAUGGGAUUCUCUUAAUUUGACAGAUGGUAAUGGACACCGUGGUGCUCUAGCUGAUUGGGUACAAGCUGCUGGUGGUGCUGUAAAUGCAUUUGAUUUCACAACCAAAGGGAUUCUUCAAGCAGCUGUGAACGGAGAGCUCUGGCGAUUAAAAGACUCUAAUGGAAAGCCACCAGGGUUGAUUGGAAUUAAGCCAGAAAAUGCAGUGACAUUUAUUGACAAUCAUGACACUGGGUCUACUCAAAAGAUUUGGCCAUUCCCCUCCGAUAAAGUCAUGCAAGGAUAUGCUUACAUUCUCACCCAUCCUGGGACGCCAAACAUAUUCUACGAUCACUUCAUUGAAUGGGGUCUAAAGGCGGAGAUAAGCAAUUUGACAGCAAUUAGGAGCCGGAAUGGGAUCAAUGCCAGGAGCACAGUGAAUAUUAUAGCGGCUGAUGCUGACUUAUAUGUAGCUAAGAUUGACGACGCGAUCUUUAUGAAGAUUGGACCAAGGUUUGAUGUUGGAAACCUUGUUCCCUCAAACUUCCACGUUGCCACCUCUGGCCAAGACUACGCUGUGUGGGAGAAAAACUGAUUUUGUAUGGAAUGAAUGCCACAAUGGUUCAAGAGGCCUCUUGCUGAUUGAUUCUAAGAGAUUUCUGUCUAUGUUGACUACAAUAAAUUUGUCAGUGAAAAAUAAUCAUUGGGAUCUCUUUACAAAUACAAAAAUGAAAGAAACAGUUCAAAUGGGAGAUUAGUGAAGCUUUUAUUU